AACAGAUAAUAAAUUAUCAGAUGAACCUGGCUUUGAGACACGUUGUCAGGAUACCAUUUGCUUAUGUGGUUGACGAGUGGCGCUGGUCAGUCUUCAAUGGCAGUACAACUCCUGAAAAUUAUAAUAAAGUCUGGUGGCGUCUUCGCUGUGAACUACAAGGGGUAUCUCCACCCGUGAAAAGAUCAGCAGAAGAUUUUGACGCAGGUGGCCUAUACCAGAUAGCUGCUAACCAGCCUUACAUUAA